CUUCCAUGUUAUUUGGUAGCAUUCCGGAUCACAUCUGGGACGAGGCAGCGACAAGCCUCCUCCACAAGGGAGUAGCUACUGGUACGUUUACGAAUAUUAAAUGCUUCGAUUUGGCUGAUAUUGAACCUCGGGCGAUACCAACGAUGGAAAUGCCAAUUUCUGCUUUUUACUUACGCAAGCAGUCGUUGUUUUAUCUUACUUCUAUUUCAUUUUGAAGUUCGACUCUCUGGAAGAUUUGAUGAAGGAGAAACAUUCGGAUCUACACAACCGAGUCAAAUACACCGCAAGGCAUUUCGAUCGGCUCGAAGAGUCUUGGAUCAAGCUCUCCAUCCGGAUCGGCACGGAGCAGAGGACGAAACARUACUCGAUAUCGACYAUAAUGGCAAUGCUGGUGUUUAUGGCGAAAAACUUUGUUGCCCGCUAUUGCCGAUGAUUGCACCCGAUGCAGAUUCGGCACACGYGACAGGGUUUCACUGGGCUGGUGGAAUGUCACGRUACAAUGUACAACGAGAGGGCAUAGUGUUUUCCGACGAGAACUGUGUUGGUUGUGGCGAUACCGACCAAACCAAUCCACAAAGCUUUCAUCUCCAUGUUCAUCACGAGGAYGAUUGUUAUUUGAGAGAUUUGUCUGGAAUGUUUUGCAGUUUGCACAGCAUUGCCGACAGGGUUCUUUUAGCGAUUGAAAGAAAAUUAGAACUGCCUCUCUCGCUGUCUCUCGCCGAGCACAAAAUUGACCAAUCGCAACCGAUAUCUGAUGACGACGGGUGGUUUCAACGACAUCUGGGACCCACAACAACAGCUAGCCAGUGGCAUAUGAAGAGGUUUGUGAAGGAACAGAAGACGAAAGACGAMRAGGGCAAUGAUUGCACAGAAGACUCAACRAAGACUUCGCCUUUGAUGUCAACUUCCUUGCUAAAUGAAAACGGAGAAAGAAUAACCUUGCCUAUGCAUACAGAUCCAUCCUUGAUUUCGGUCGUGAUUCACGACAUUGAAGAAGAAAACAGCGAUGARCGUCCGGGAGCUCUAGGACUUGAGUACUAUCAUCCAAAGGAACAUUGUUGGAUAGARCCCGAAGCCCACGGACAUUCGGUAGCAACAAUUUUUGUAGGUUCCGUCUUGGCGUAUUUGACUUCGGGACAAUUUCCGGCCGCCAAACACAGAGUUGUGGAAAAAGAAUCAUCUAAAUUGCAGAAACAACGAAUGGCUGCUACUCUGUUUGUGAGGCCGCAACCGUCGGCACUAUUGCAAGUUCCCUUACCCAGCCCAUGGUUACUGAAACGAAUCGAAGAGGAGCAAGAGGAGCGUCGACGACGACAAAGAGAAAAAGAAUCAAAGAAUAGCACAUUAUCAUCGAAAAAGUUGAAAUCCCCUUCCUCGAAGACUCCCAUUACAUUUGACGCUUGGYUGAAACGAGUAGCAAGGAAUUACGAGAAACAAAGAAAAAAGARCAAAAGCAAAACGAAAAUAAAAGAAUGACCUUGCACUGCGGCUUUUUCAUCUCAUUCAAUACAAGCAUCCUUUAUGAAGAACAUCCAAAGGAAAGGGAAACUCAAAACUUCAUUCAUCUGAGGGUCGUGAAUGGGAUUCGAAAAAAAAGUUCCUGUACGCAUUAGUCGCUGGGUUUUCUCAAAUGGGUAUUUUUGCGUCAUCCAUAGUAUAUCUUCUGAUACUAUACGAAUUGUGAACAAUGUUUGACGAARCAUCAAGAAACGUCUUCUUGACAAAACUUUGGCUUUGUUAUGAUACAUGAUACGGUUGACUAGAAAUCAGAGAGAAUUUAGCUAAGUUUUGUUUGUUUGCAAGAUCAAUGAUUAAUGUAGCACCCUUCGCAAAGUACAUACGUAGUGUAUUACUCGUACGUUGGACGAAGAAAUUUUACAAAAGUACGGUAUUUAUUUCCUUGUUCAGUCACAUAGUUUCAGUCACUCACCCACGGCACAGAAAUAGCUGCCUAAUUUAGUUCUUCGAGCAAGACUCACUUUCAACGUCAAGAUUUGGAAGAGCUCUCUGUCGAUCGUCAUUAUUCGUAGCUGUACRUUCUGUACUCGUACCAAAGUACGGCAUUGCACGACCGUUGCUGUAACUUUUCGCGUUCGGAGCAGUCAUUUUCUUUCCUGCUCGAAGACGAAUCCACGGAACUGUUGGCCGUUCACCGAAAGCAAGAGCUCAAUUACACCAAUWAUUCGAAUCUCAAGUAGAAAAAGUUAUCAGCACCCAUCGAAAUAGGUUCCGAAUUCCAACAUCUAACUCAUUUCGCGAAUAGCUCUUUUCUUGUUUCGAAAGAAUCCUCAGGACCAAACACUAUCCCGAUCGGAAUCCAAUUCGAUUUCAAUCGAUCGCAACACACGAMCCCUUUGAAAAUAUCCUAGGAUGACUAGCUCCAAGGACGAUGCCACCACAUCGUCGGGCAAUGCUGCCAAAUCAAAUACAAGACGGAUCCAAGCACUCGAGGCUAAGGCCGUCGCAGAGGCCACGGCCGAAGCCGACGCGAAGUAUAUCCCAUCGGUCGCUUUGAUGAACUCAAGCGAUCCGCUCGCUUUGGUCCGCCAGGUCGACGGUCUCAGCGAUCUAUCGGAAUACGAAGAGAAGGAAUCAGUCUACGUCGGCCGAAGCGUGCCGAUUUCGGCCGGUGGAUCCCUCGAAAUCCCCAUCCAGGUGGCCAUGCCCGGAAGUGUCGUCGAAUACGCGGUCGAAAAUAAGCAAUACGAUUUUGGAUUUUCCAUCACGGCCGAGCGCGAUAAUUCCGUAACAAUUGUGAAGGUAAGCAGUCCCGUUUAAUUUCGUUGGGAACAUAAGACGAGUGAAUGGAAAUGCAGACAUGAGGAAMAGAAGAAUUGUUUCAAUUUUUCCUAUCCGUAUCUUWMGUCAGUAAUUGCGCCAUAAUUUUGUCACCAACUCGACGUGUGUUUUCAAUAUCGCCCGGUUGCACUCCUCGCCUUUGUAUUGGGUGYGUGKGUGCGUGUGUUCGACCUAUCCGCUGACCUUACAUAUCUGURAAAUUGCGUUUCYACUCGUGGACAAAUUGGCCAAAAAUCAUCUCUGAUGUACAACAAAAAUUAUUGUCACAACUAACAAAUUACCAUGAAAGGAAUCUUCCCGCGUGGAUGCUAGUGUCAACGGACCCAUCACGGGGAAAUUUCUGGUUGGCUCCGUUCCGUGCUGGGUGCGGUUCAAAUUCGCCAACGAUUUCUCGUGGAUGCGCGAAAAGGUUAUCUCGUACAAGGUGACCGUCAAACCRCCCAGCCUUGAAACCCUUUAUUCCGGACGACGCCGGAGGGCCAAGGCUUGCCUCAAGGCAAUCGAAGAGGACUUGACAGCGGCCGACAAGCGCCGAAAGGCCGCUGGAGACCAGCUGACUUUGUUGGAAACGGAAUUGGAGGAACURCGUAGRGAGGUGACCCAAAAAGCCAAGAGCCUCCAGGCCGCUAGGGACGAAGAAAAAUGGUGCAUGGACCGGGUGGCAUUGCGAACAGAACAAAAGAAAUUGCUGGAUAGCCGCCUUCAGAAUGGGUGGGAGGACGAAGAAAAUGCCGCAGGAGAUGAAUCAGAUGAAGAGUAAAUGAUWUCUAUUGGACACAGCACGAACAGUCCCGAAAAUGCAAACRCCACGGAAGAAUUACUAAWUUGAAUGUUCAAAAUGUGGUCCUAUGGGAUGGAACGAUAUUAAAUGUGGGAAGGUAGCUUUGAAACGCAUGACUAGACGGAUGGAUGAUCGCUUCCAAAKAYAGAGGCUUUCUACGGCUUGUUCUUUUCUGAGUCUCUGGUCAAUUAAAUCGACGUUUUAAAA